UCAAGAAGAAAUCCAAGAUGAAGUACUGGCUCCAUACAAGCCAGAGAUUACAUCGUGCUUUGAACAGUUCAUUUAUUGAGGACAAAUGCCAGCCUAAGACAAAACGAGUAGAAAAGAGGUCCCAUGUAGGGAACAGCCAGCAUACUGUAUGGAACACAGCCAACCUGGGCAACUGUCACGCGAAAAAAUAUAUCUGCACUGAUGAAGGGCAGAAUGAGGUGACAGUUCAACAGCACCAAGACAUCCCCCUGCCCCAGACAAGGAGAGAGACUCCAGCUUCUUUAGCCACCAACGGGAAAGCUGAGUCCCUCAGUACUGGUAGGACCUCCGUGGUGCAAGAGCUUAUGGAGCUGGAGAAGCAGAUCGAAAUCAUCAAGCAGGAGCUGCAACUCGCCAUGGACAGGAAAUCGGAGCUGGAAGAGUAUCAGAGAAUGAACAGGACUGCAGAGCUCUAGACAGCAUACCUGGGUCUUUCCCUCUUUUCUUCCUUUCUCCCCUUCCUCUGUAAAAUUUGUAACACACUUUUGUAAUGCCAGAAAGAGGUGCAAAAAUAAAGCAGGCAAUGUGCUCCUCGCAAGGGCAGAAUUGCAGCAGCCCACAGCCACUGCCACUCUCCAGAGUCCUUCUCCUUUCAUAACAAGUUUCUCAUUCUCCUGGCAAACAUCGGCCAUUCCCAAGGGACUGGAGAAACAAGGAGCUCCCAGACACCGGGAGUUCCUCGUUCCUCUACUUGAGAGUACAGUGAGGUU